AUGUCAGGCCUGGAUCCCGCCACCCCGCAGACAAGUGCAGAGCUUAAGUCACAAUUUGCUCAAGCGGCGAUCCCCCUUCCUUCCUCCACCCCGUCACUCGACGUCGAAGCUUUCCCCCACAUCUUUCAGAGUAUACUCACCUACUCGUCGGACAACACACUCGAUACCAUCCUCCGGUGCUCUCAAUCAUGCUUUCAGCAAGCGAUCCCGCUGUUGUAUCGUCAUCUGAAAUCCGCCAACAGGCGAUUCGAGCACUUUCAGACCGUCACGCCCGAUAGCUCGGGAAGCACGGCGAGCUCAACCACCGCAGACACAACCCCCGGACACUACUCAAUGUCGCUGGCGCUUCGUCACAUCCGGUCACUCAGGCUCGGUGACCUCAAGGGCAGCUUGAUCGGCCACAAGCUCCCUACCAGGUUCAUAGAGUUCGGCUCCACUUCGGGGGACAGCCGCAUCCUACAUCUCUCUUUCGUCGAGCGGGGUCCAGAGUCGGACUCACGGGGCCCUGCGCUGAUCGAACGACUUAUCCCCUCGGUCUAUGCGGCGGUGAUAACUCCGACUUCGGAUCCGGCCCUGAAGCCCCUCGGCCCUAGUAUGUCUCUGGCGGCCAGCCUGGCGCACCAUUUACUAUCCCCCGGACUGGAUACCCUCUCCUCCGGGGUCGAUGACUCCCGCGGUCUCCACCAUAUCACGGUGGUGGGACACAACUUCUACGAGCUACCGGCCGCCCUCAGUCCUGCAACACUCGGCGGCCUCGGAAGCGUAGGCGGAACCACCUCAUUCGUUUUCCUGCCGUUGGAAAGGCGCGACCAAUCGUCCCAAGCCUUCCUCCGUAUCGAAUCGGAUCCUGCGCGGGUCGUCGAUGGCAUGAUCCGCGGUAUCAAUCGGUGGGCCUUGCUCACCUCAGCGGAUAUCGAGAUUGUCGGUAUCGAAAACGCUCCUGGUCCGGGCGGGAAGCUCCUGACUCCGGAGCUCUUCAUGGCGGGAAUGCCAGCGGGUCACAACCCCCCAUACAUCACGUUCAGGCGCUUCGACGAAUGGCUUGACGAACAGGAAGCGGGGGUCAUACUUGCGGCAAAGGAGGAGAGGGAGAUGAGAAGAAGGGCUGCCAUGAAUAAGUGCGUGGCAGAGGGGCGCUUGGGAGAUGAAUCGAAGGGGCCCUCUUACUGGGUCGAUCCGGCACUGUGUGCAGAGGAUGUAGAGUAA